GACGCGAUCGAACCGUGCGACUGUCCCGCGCCCGCGUGUUUACAAAACCCGACACGCGUGACUAGCGAACCCGUGAAGUGCCAAAUAAAGUGUCCCGUUUAACUUAGUGCCAGUUCUCAGUGCAGUGACACGAAACUCGGUGUGUUUUAAGUUCAUGUUGUUUGAUCUCGAGGCACCGUGGCGGCCCAUCUGUACAAAUACGGGUGAUUUGUUUAAGUUUCCUAUUGAUGGAUUGGAAUGAGGUUCGACGACAUUGCACACCGUGUUUGACGUACUAAAGGAAUUCAUUUCACGUACGUCAAAAACAAAUAGAAGCUCGAAAAACAAAGGAUACCUGAGAGGUUUCGAAGUGCCAUUGCUUGCUUAGGUGCUCACAGUGACAGGUGGAAUCGUUUCACAGUCAGCCCGUGAUAUAGAAUUCCUAGAAAAAUAAGAUUUGUAACCAGUGAUGUUUGCGUUAUAGAAGACAUACCAAUAUGAGAGGGAGUGAGUGGGAGGCAAGGUGGAGUUAGAGAUGCGCUCCAAACAGCAGCCGCGGCCGUCGUACCGCUGGCUCAACACCAACGAAAACGAAGAAGAGACAAGCCCUGACAGCGGAGUGAAGGAGCGAAACGAGAGGGGCGAGGACAGGGCAGAGGGGGAAGCUUCCCGGUCGGAGUCCCCCGCCUCCAGAGCCUCCCCUGCUGCUGAAGAUCGAGAUGACAUCGAGCACAGCAUACCAGCGACGCUGAUCCAGGACCCUAAUGCUGAAAGGGAGAGUCCGAGAUGUCUGUCGCGGGAGUCGUCAGGCGCGCCGCGCUGUCCCUCAAAUGACUCGGUGUAUUCCGGGAGGAGCGGGCCCGGCCUCCCCCUCCCCGCCGCGCUCACCGCCGCCCUCCCAGCGGCACUACCCGCUGCCCUCCUGCCACCGCACUCCGCAGCCGUCGCCGCCUAUCUCGGCGCGGCAGCCGCCGCAGCAGCACAGCAACGACUCCUCAUGUCUUGUCAAGAAGACAUGACGGACUCGGAUCGCGCUGACGCUGUACUCGACUUCAGCACGAAGCGCAGCGACUCGCCCCACGACGAUGAGGACGAUGACGCCGUCAAUCUCAGUAAGAAUGAAAACGGUCCGCUUGAUUUGUCGGUUGGCACAAGAAAGAGAGGGCCGGAGGAUUCACCGUCUCCUGUCCCUACAAGGAAAAGUUCUAGGACAGCAGAGUUUAAGCCCAGUCCAUCGCCGUGGACGACACCGGUAGCCCCACAUUUGCCAUAUUUUGCAGCCGCUGUAGCUGCUGCGAGCCUUUCUCCAAAAGGCGGAGUGCCAGCCGACUGGAAUGGUAAAUUAAAACAUGGUGUUCCAACGCCUAGUGACGCAACUAAAGCAUUGGAAAAGAUGAGCGAACUGAGCCGGUUAGGGGGCGAAGAGUUAUUCCGAUCUGUGCAAAGUGCUGCUCUAGGUGCUGGGCUUGCCCCCAAUGCUGCAGCCAGACACUCCGCUUGGCAAUCACACUGGUUAAACAAAGGAGCUGACCAAACAAAGGAUGUUCUCAAAUGCGUCUGGUGUAAGAAGAGUUUCAAUUCACUGGCUGACCUCACUGUACAUAUGAAAGAAGCGAAGCACUGUGGUGUCAACGUGCCUGUACCUCCAUCAUCAGGUGCUCCCAUCCCACCCUCUUUGCAACCACCGUCUAGUUCGCCAUCUACGCCUUCCCACAACUCUUCAUCUUCCAGUGGCUCAUCGAAACCAAACCAGAGCGAUUUAAAUAUGCUAAUUAAGGAAAAUAUGCCGAUUCCUAGAAAGCUAGUCCGCGGUCAGGAUGUAUGGUUAGGUAAGGGAGCCGAACAGACUAGGCAGAUAUUGAAAUGUAUGUGGUGCGCUGAAAGUUUCCGAUCGCUGGCUGAAAUGACGAGCCACAUGCAAAGAACGCAACAUUAUACUAAUAUUAUAUCUCAGGAACAAAUUAUAUCUUGGAAAUCGUCAGACGAAGCGAAAGGUUCUAAUUCGAGCGGCCCCGGGGCCCCCGCUGCCCCGCCGACGACCGGCACUAGUAGUCAUGUUAGCGCAGUUUUAACUUGUAAGGUUUGCGACCAAGCGUUUAGUUCCUUGAAAGAAUUGAGCAAUCAUAUGGUAAAGAAUUCUCAUUACAAAGAACACAUCAUGAGAUCGAUCACAGAAAGUGGGGGUAGGCGUCGACAAACUCGCGAAAAGAGAAAGAAAUCUUUACCAGUUAGGAAACUUCUUGAAUUGGAACGAGCGCAACACGAGUUCAAAAACGGGGAAGGAAAUGGGGUUCCCAUGGGGAAACCGAUUAGGGACUUCGGUGCAGGUAGCCGUAUCACUUGCGAGAAAUGUGGAGAUAAAAUUGAGACUGCUGUGUUUGUUGAACAUAUCCGCCAAUGCAUAGGCGCGCCUAUGUCAAAUAGCCAAAGGAAUUUUCUAAAGAGUGCUCUUCUUUCGAACAAUAUCAUCCCUCCUGAUGUACCCGGGCAUGUGACCCCGACCAGCCGCGAUGGUCGUAAGAGCAUCAACGAAGAGCUGCCUAGCCCUGGCUCGGCUCAUCACCGCUCUCCAUCAUCCGUGAAUGAUUCCUCCCCGAGUUCCAAAGAUCCCAAUGCGAGCAAUGAUAAGAGCUCGUCGCCUUCGGUUCUCAAUGCCAUAGAACAAUUGAUAGAAAAAAGCUUCGACACUCGAUCACGACAUUCGCUCCCAGGGAUGCCCGCUGGAGCAUCCCAUGCCCCGAUCGGUUCUAGUAUUCUGAAAAGAUUAGGUAUAGAUGAGAGUGUAGACUAUACAAAGCCACUAGUAGAUCCGCAAACGAUGAAUAUGUUGAGAAACUACCAUCACCAACAGGGAUACGGUCGUCGCGAGCGCAGUGGCAGCGAAUCUAGUUCAAUGUCAGAGCGAGGCGGCAGUAGGGUAGAAUCUCUAACUCCAGAUAGGAAGCUCGAUGCGUAUCAUAUGACUCCUCGUACGACACCUGAUACUCGCGGCUCCCAAACUCCUGCUUCUGAGGACCGCCCUUCCGAUGUUCGGAUAAAAAGGGAGGUCCCUGAAGAGGAAGAGCGUGAAAAUGGAGUAGAUUUAAGUAAUCAGCCGGUGCGAGUCAAAACUGAGGUGGAGGAUGAAGAAGAGCCACCGAGGCCAAGCAGCUCGACCGAGGAAAUUAAAGCUGUGCCUAAACGCGAAAGUGAAGAUCCGAGUCCAGCUGCAAGUCCUCGGAGCCCAGCAAGUGAUCGUUCAGCUAACACUCCCGGCGCUGAUAGAAAGCCGGCAUCUAGUCUAGGUGCCUUGUCUUCUAUGUUUGAUAAUUUAGCCGGGGGUGGGUCUUCAAACGAGCCUAGUUCGUCUCGUCGUGGAGGUAGCCACCCUUUAGCUGCUCUGCAGAAAUUGUGUGACAAAACUGAGACAAAUCCGUCACGCGCGCCCGCACCGGCCCCUUCUCCGGCCGGUCCGCCGAGUAUUCUAACGUUCAGCUGGGCUUGCAACGACGCGGUGGUGACUGAUUCGUUUAUGAAGUGCGCUCUUUGCGACACGCCAUUCAUAUCGAAGGGUGCUUAUAGGCAUCAUUUGUCAAAGAUGCAUUUCGUAAAGGACGGCGCUCUGCCUGACCCUGUGCCGAUGAAGGCGCCGCCGCCGGCUGCUUCCCCAGGGACUCACAAGAGCGGCGGGUCCAAUGCGGCGUCUCCUCAGGACCCGCGGAGCCCCUCGCAGUCCUUCGACGAGAGCCCCCACUCCAAGUUUCUCAAGUACACGGAACUCGCUAAGCAGCUCUCCAGUAAAUACGUGUAGGCUGUACAUAGGUCUGACGGGCCAUCAAAUGUGAUGAUACCAUAUCCUGCUACGUUAAACCUUGCUAGGGUUAGGUCGCGCUGCGACGCUAAGUAUUUCGAAACUCUUUGCCAAUUUAAUUAUUUAGGUAAUUGUUAGAGUUCACCGCAUAGUUCGGUUAGUGUAAUUACGACUAGCGACUUAAGUAUACGCCAAACGUCUUACGUUCAUGUAGGUUAAGAGAAUAUUUUGAAAAUAUUGCCUUUAGAAGUGGACCGGUUGUCGAGGCCCCGCGCCGCUCAUCUUCCACACUACGAGUACAUAUUCCAUUUUGGUAAUUGUAAAUAUAAGUCACAUUAAGUCGUAAAAUUUUCGAUUCGAUCUCUAUUGUAAAUGUAUAUUUUUUGCUAAUCUAAAGGUAAAUUUAAUUGCAAGCCUUCUGCGUGUUCUAUUAGGGAGUGCGGUCUGUCCGUUCAGUAUUCGGAAUUUGUUGCAAUAUCAUUGUGUUACUUAAUUUUUAUGUAAAUCAGUGUAAGGAUUAGUUUUAGUUGUAUGUAUAUUUUGGUCGUUCGCCUGCAAUCUCGGAGAUACAAUCUCAAGGUUCUUGUUGUAUAUAACCGACAUAGAACACAAUAUCUCCUUAGUGUAAAUUUCUGCCUAGGGUGCGCUCCAGCAUAACAGCUAUUUAUUAUUUAGUGUUAAGUACGUAUUGUUAGGUGACCUACGUCUGUGAACAUUGUAUACCAUUUACCAGCGCAUUGGUUGUCUCAACCGAUAUAUUUAAAAGUGAUACGUUAUACAGUUUUUCUUUGAAAGGAUAAGAAUAUACAUUCGUAUACGUUUAGAACAUUCAAAUGUAUUGAGAGAUUUCUUCCAUUGUAACUUCAGUUAUACGAUGUGUAUAUAAGGUACAUGCGAGUGCAAAACUCUUUUAUAUUUAAUAAAAAAAAAUAUUGUAAACAUUCUAAUGUAAGUUUCAAACGAUUUAUCAACACGCGAUGUAUACAGCAACUCGUGCCGAAAAAUAAUCGAUAAUUUUCAAAUCACAAUGUAUAUUUUUUAAAAGUUGUUAAUAUUAUUUUCCGUAUUUUAUUUAAUUUCGGAGUCAACUGUGACAAUUCAAUUGUAUACGUAUUAUAAAAUAUAUCGUCACGAGUUGCGAGUGGGAUAUUUAAAUUUUAAAUCGAUAAAGUAUCAUUUUAACGAUAAUAAUGAAACAUACGACAAAUAUUAUGUAUACGCUAGCUCUGGUGAGACUUUUGCUCAUUCUUUAAUAAAAAAAAAUGGUGUUGAAAUAUUGAUUUUACCAAAUUUAAUAAUCUUAUUUAAUAUUUUAUGUUGUAUUUCAAAAUGCAAUUAAAAGCUCAAAGAAAUAUAUAUGUUACAUACUUUAAA